CAAAGAUAUAUUCAUGGUUUCUAAAUGAAUCCACGUGGAUCGACGCGUUUCGAAGAAGUCACAGAAACGCGACAUCACGUGCUAGUCGGAGACCCGGGAUACAGCGCCGAAGAUUUUCUGACUUAGCGAUGGUUAACAUUGAGAUCCAAGUGCGUUCAAACGACAUUCUUUCGAAAGCACUACGAUCGGGCGUAGAAGUUGCGCGCACGAACCAUGGCACAAUCCGCACAGCCUCUCAUCUAUGUCUGCAGAAGUUGCCGACACAGCUUGCGAAAUGCAUCAAAGAUCUCCCGCUCAUUCAGUAGCACUCCGGCCACUCAAAAAGUGGUACCUUCUUUCAACCCGACAAGUCGUGCAGAGCUAGAUGGUCUACUCCUGUCAUGGCGCGAGAAAGUCUUCGUCCCUGCCGCCCUUCAGGAGCACCACAGGCGCCUCAUCUACAAACCCUCGCGGCAUCAGACGUUGACGAACGACCCUGGUGUCACAGUGACCAUGGAUGAUGAUGAAGAGAUCAAGCUCCAGCCCGCGAAUUUCUACGACAAACCGAACAAACGGGAGUCCAUCAUACAACUUCUGCACGAAUUGGGCUCGACGAAUGAAGAUGCAGCCUGGAAUAACCUGGCUCCUUUUCUUACCGGGUUGCGUAUGUCGAAGUACGACCUUCCAUUUUACUUCUACGAGAAGAUUACGCGCAAGGCCUGUGAAGUCGGGAAAGAGCGCAUCAUCCUUACAUGCGCCGAAAAAGCAGAAGAGACCGGUUUCACCCUGAAAAAGAAAGGUGUGGCAAGAGAAUUGAUGUUGGGUCUUCACACUCGUGCGGCACAGCACAAGUUCACAGGUCCUGAGCUGGAGAGUGCGGCGCGGCGAGCGGAGAAGAUCGCACGAAUGCUUGAAAAUGAGUUACAUGGUGCGGGAAAGCUCCAGCAGGAUGAAGAAGACCCAAGGAAAGAUGCGCUGGUCAUAAGUGUCUUGACUGAGAUUGCUGCUGCUAAGGCACUCAACGCUGACGGCAGCGUCGACCAUGCCGUCAACUAUGCAACAAGAAUGCUAUACCUCAGCAACGAGGCCACUAAUGUAGGCUAUGCAAGAGAAAUACCGGCAAGGGCCAAUGAGGAUGUGCGGGUUCGUGCAGAGAAGAACAGUGAACUCGAAACAUUGUUACCACUGCAGAAUGCCAUCAAGAUGGCUUUGAGUCUGGACUCGAUCAAGAAGUCUCCGCUUGGAAAAGACCUGGCAACGCACCGCAAGACGAUCGAUGCAAAAGUCAAAGAAGCCCUCGAAAAGCUUACCACCGUGUCGGAUGGCAAGUCGAGACGAGGUCAAUUGAUGUAUGAAGAACUUCAGGGAGGAACUAAAAAAGAGGCAACCUAAGACUCGUUGUCAGUCCACGGUCGAUUACGCCAGACGUUUCAUGUCUGAGGAAGCCAUCAUCUGAAUGCGAGAAGCAUCCUCAGUAGAGCUGAAUGUACAAAAGCAAGCCUUGCAAUGGCAUUGUUGUUGCUUGUUGCAGUAUACCUAUAGAUAUGUUUGCUGGCGCCUGCACAGCCUUGCCAUAGUAUUAGGGUGUUUAGCCUCGCGGCGACUCGGCCAAUAACUUUCCGACCCGUCGUGCCAGAGGUCGAUGUUGAUCACGCUUCA